AUGCUAAUAUAUGGUGGAAUAGCAGCUGCAGUUCUUCUUGUACUAUGUGUCUACUGCCAAGCAAACCGCAAAAGGCAAUUCCCAAUGCCCUCUCCUGCUUGGGGAGGGGGAAUGCCACCUCAAGGUUUUCCUCCAGGUCCAGGUCCAGGUCCAGGAAUGGGACCUCCAAGACCAGGUCCAGGUCCUGGUUUUCGUCCUGGGAUAGGCAUGAGACCGCCAGAGCCUAGACCUCCUCAACCAUGUGGACCAUAUGGGUCACUAGGUCCCCCACCAAGAAUUCCAGCAAUGCCCGCGCCUGACAUGUAUGGGCAGUUUUCAGGAACGUAUGGGCAGCCUUCUGGAAUGUAUGGGCAGCGACCCGGAUUUGUCGCUCCGAUGCGACCUCCGGCAAUGCGUCCUCCAAUGGCGAUACGACCUCCUCCAAUCGUUCAACCUAGGCCGAUACUGCAACCACCUCCGAUAAUCCGUCCACCUCAAACCAUUGAUAGCAUUUACAAUCCAGUUGUUGCUCCAGUUACAGUUGGCUUUGGUACUCUGACAACUCUUUGUGCUCCUAGACCACAAGUUAAUGAAAGCGCGGCUAGCGCACUUGGAAGUAUUUAUGGUGCGCCAGCAACAUACGCGUCAGCUCCGGCUGCAGGACCUACAUAUGUCGUAGGACCUCCAGUCCCAGCGGUUGCUCCUCCAUCCAUAUAUGAAAGUAUUUACGAUGCACCAAGUCAUAUUUAUGAAGAUCUCGGAGCCUAUUCUUCGACGGGCCCAUCAGUCCUACCAGGAAUGAUACGUAGAACGCAUUUUUGA